AAUACCCUACAAAACCUUCAACCUCCAAAAUCUUUUCUCACUCUUAUUUCCAAAGCUCUUACACCAUAACUCAAACCUGUUCUUUAAUUUGAAACAACCCUUUAUUUUACCCAAAAAAAAGGUGAAAACAUGAACUAUACUACCUUGGGUGAGUUUAGUUUUCCUCAUCUCUGUCACCGAAGCUCAGCCUCCGGUGGUCUCUUCCCUUACUUAACGGAACAGUGGGGAGACUUACCGUUCAAAGUUGACGACUCUGAAGACAUGAUUGUCUACAACUCCCUACGUGAUGCCGUCAGUUUUGGGUGGUCUCCGUUAGACUUAACGGCAGCCACCACAACAGUAACAGCAACUUCCAUAAAAGCCGAGCCAAGAGACAUCUUUCAACAGCUGGCUCCAGGAGCCGCCGAGCCAUUGAGAUUGGCUCCUCAAAGUGCUUCACAAAACAAUUCGUACGAAAGUGCUUUCCUUGCUUUCAAAAGCAGAAUUGAACGCAACAAUACUAUUGCGUCCAAAAAAACAGAAAACAAAGUGAGCGCUACUAAUACUAUUAUUAAAGAGAGGCAUUAUAGAGGGGUGAGGCGAAGGCCUUGGGGAAAGUAUGCGGCGGAGAUACGUGACCCGGCUAAGAAUGGCGCGAGAGUGUGGCUCGGCACCUACGAGACGGCUGAGGAAGCGGCUUUGGCUUAUGACCGAGCGGCUUAUAGGAUGCGUGGCUCUAAGGCUUUGCUUAAUUUUCCUCACCGGAUUGGCUCGGGUGAGCCAGAGCCGGUUAGAAUCACGGCUAAGCGCCGUGAGCCGGAGCCGGGUUUGGAAAAAGGCGGCUCAGCCAAGAGGGGUAAAGUAGCUAAUGAAAUUGAAGCUGUGUUUCAACUGGGUUCACUGCCAGUUGCCGAGCAAUUAUUGGUUAGUUAACAUAGUGGUUUGGAAUGGAAUCUCGUGUCAAGAAAAAUAAAACAGAGAGAGAUAUCUAUACCUACCAAGUGUUUGUUUUGGUUCUGUACAAAGUGAGGUUUUGCAAAUCUUUUUUUUUUUUUUUAGUAAAAUGUACUUGAGGUUCUGAGAAAUAAGUUGGUAAGGUAAAAUUUGAUUUUACCGAAAUGGUGGAAAUUAUUAAUGGAGUGACAAGUGAAGUACUUUACUAAAAUGACUUUUAUUUUUGCUUUUA